GCAACUUCAGCCGUGAGUUGCAAAGUUGGAAUGGAAUAAAGAAUAAGUCGAAAUUGUUGACUUUUUUUUUAUAUAUACCAUUAAACAUAUAUUUAAACUUUUCUUUGGGCUGAAGUAACCCUAUUCCAGCCCAUUAAACCCCUUCAUUAAAAUAAAAUAUUAUAUUUUCUUCGUCAUCAAGUAAUUAUAAGCCCAGGGGCAAUACCGUCUUUUUAAUUUUUUAACCGACCUGUACAGUGCCCAUCUAUAGAUACAGCGCCUGCAUCUAUUUCUCUCUCCUCAGAAGUUCUUGCUGAAUUAUUAAAUCGACAGAUUUGUACCAGGAGCUUCUCAGAUUGUACAGCAAUGGAUUCCUUGAAUUCCGCCCAGAUGAUGACGAAGAAGUGCGCCGAGGGGAACAACAAAGUGAAGCGGUUCGGUCCACGACCUGCUAAGCAACCGUCGUGUGAACCGCUGAUCCAGAAUUAUUCGAACUUCAAGCGGUCGUCGUGCCCGGGCCGGUUCAUGUUCUACGACGACGGAUCGUGGGUCGAUUACCCGAAGGAAGUUUCGGAAAUGAUGAAAUUAGGGUUUGUGGAGGGUAAGCCAAUUGUCGAGACUCAAGUCCUGGGGUUCAAUUGUUUCUUUGACUUUUACCGCAUGCUCCAGAUUGAUCUGGAUACUGGCAAUCAGCGCUCCAUUUCCUGGAUUGAUGUCGAUGGUAAGUGUUUUUUCCCCAAAUCUUUCGUCAGCAGUUAUGGAAAUGACCGUGGUGUUGAUGAUGAUGAUGUUGCGAAUUGUGAUGAAAACUGCACGAAAGUUCAGAUUGAUAUCGAAAUUGAAGAAAAUUUAGGAAGUUCUGAAGGUCAGAAGGUGAAUAGUAGAAUUGUAAAUGUUGUUAGUAAGAGGAAGAGAGAGGAGAAUGUAGAGAAGGGAAGUCUGUCCAGCAAUAAUGCGAAAAAGAGGCAAGUGAUUGGGAGCGAAUCUCAGUCGACCAGGUGGCCGAAAGCGAGAAUUCUCGGAUCUGAGGAGACAGGAUAUUCGAUAGUUAAGAAUUUGUUUCUGUCAGGGUUGGAGAUUGCGGAACCAGGUGCUGUAGUUACCUCUAUUCAUAAAUGCGUACGUGCGGGGCCCAUGGAUAAGGCACGUUCGGAGGUUUUCGCAAAGCAAAUGGAGAUUACGAAACGAGCUAGAGGGGAAAGUAACAUGGUUUUUGCAUGGUAUGGCACUUCGGCAAAAGGUGUGGAAAGCAUUUUGCUGCAUGGAUUCGGAAUACCUAACAAGACGUCUCAUCAUGAAGGUCAUGGAAUUGGAGUUCACUUAUCUCCUAUACGAUCCCCCAUUAACAGUGCAAUGAUGUCAGAGAUCGAUGAGAAUGGCGAGAAGCAUGUAAUAUUGUGCAGACUGAUAUUGGGAAAACGCGAAAAGAUUGAAGCAGGGUCACGCCAGCUGUAUCCUUCGAGUGCAGAGUAUGAUACUGGUGUUGAUGACUUGAAUAAUCCUCAGUGGUAUACUGUGUGGCAUACGAACAUGAAUACUCAUAUUCUUCCCGAGUGUGUUGUCAGUUACAGGCCUGGGUCGGUGAAGCCUACUACGAAUUGCAUUCCGCAUCCAUCCAUGUUUAUUGCAAAAUUGUUAUCCAAGUUGAAAGGUUCUCUUCCUCUACCCCAAUUUCAAGAAUUGGUAACCUCAUGGGGUUCGUGUAAGGAAGGGAAGUUGGGAAAGGAUAUUUUCAUGAAAAAAUUACGAUUAGUUGUUGGGGAUGACAAAUUGCGCUCAACCAUUCAAGAAAUCCGUGGCUGAGAAUAAGUUUUUCUUGUCCUUAUUGGUUUUUAAUUGUAAGGGAGAAAACUUUUCGUGUCGUGUCCGUCAGAGAUUUACAGAAGAAACCUUGCAAUUAGGAACUUGGUUUUAUGACUUAUUUGUUUCGUUCUCGUUUGAAAUCAAUGAUAGUUUAAGCUGAAGUUUGAGGUAGAUUUUAUAUACUUUUUUGUUUUUUUCCGAUUUCAUUCUCGUGGUAGUUCGGAAUGAAAGAUAGAUAAAAGUUAGACUUUGAACUUAUUAGCUUUCAUGACUGUUGUAUUAAUAUAUAGUUCCGUUAAAAAGAUUCUCGUUUGUCCCGUAUUU